CUCGAUUAAUGUGAAAGGGUAAUAAAACGGAGCAGCAGCACACGGCGGUGAUCAUUUUCUAUCUCUUCGUCCCAGACAUAGGGUCAUGGCUCUCAAAAGGAAGGGAAAGCAGGUCGCCGGAAAAGCUCCGGCCACGGUGGCUGACGGUUCUUCUUCUGGAAAGAGGAAAAUGACCGCUUCCGAGAGCUCAAACGGAGGAUCCAGCAAGAGGAAACGGAAGCGCUCCGGGGUCCUCCAGUUCGUUGACGACGUGGCUGCCGAAGCCGACUCAGACUAUGAGAGCGAUGGGGAUCUUGAGAUGGAAGAAGAAGAUGAGGACGAAGAUAAUUUCAAGUUGGAGAAUGAAAAACUUGGAGUUGGAAAGUCUCAUCACCUUCCAUUUUUAGUAAAAGAGGAGGAAUUGAGUGGUGAUGAACUUGAAGAGCUUAUCAAAGAACGGUAUGGACCUGGUUCGGAGCAUGUCAUACACAAUGAUAAUCCUAUUGAAUGUGAGGACAAGGAAGUUGGAGAAUUAGGUAUGCCCAUCUGGAAAGUGAAAUGCAUGGUUGGGCGCGAACAGCAGAUGGCUUUCUGUCUGAUGCAAAAAUAUGUUGAAUUGGACUUCUUGGAAGCCAAACUGCAGAUUGUAUCUGCAUUUGCUCUUGAACAUGUAAAAGGCCAUGUUUUUUUUGAAGCUGACAAAUUAUCUGAUGUUAUGGAGGCAUGCAAAGGGUUUUGUAAUAUCUAUCCAAGUAGAAUCAAUCUUGUCCCAAGAAAUGAAGUUCCUAACUUGCUUACUAGCUCGAAUAAAUUAUCUGAAGUAUCUGAAGGUGCAUGGGUUCGAUUGAAGAGUGGAAAAUAUAAAGGGGAUUUAGCAAAGGUUAUGGACGUUGAUGAUAAACUUAAACAAGUAACCAUAAAACUGAUCCCAAGAAUUGACUUACAAGCUAUUGCGAAAAAAUUUGGUGGUGGCAUCUCGUUAAGGCUGGCUGCAGUCCCUGCACCUCGGUUGAUUAGUUCCCAUGAACUGGAGGCCUUCAGACCCCAUAUCGUCGACAAACGUGAUCGUCAAACUGGAGAAUGUUAUGAGGUGCUUGAUGGUAUGAUGCUGAAAGAUGGUUACCUGUACAAAAAGGUUUCAAUUGGAUCAUUAAUCUCGUGGGGAGUUCAACCUACAAGUAGUGAAUUAUUGAUGUUCACUGAGGUAACUAAGCAUACAGAUGUGGACUUAAAUUGGUUUUCAAGCAUUUAUGGUACACACAAGAAAAAACCAGUAACUGAAUCAUCAGAGGAUAAAACAACCAAUGUCAUGGAGAAUGGGUACAAUCUCCAUGAUCUUGUUUUGUUUGGGCGAAAUAAUUUUGGUGUUAUUGUUGCUUUUGAGAAAGAUUGCCUCAAGAUACUAAGAGGAGAUGCUGAGGGAUCAGAAGUGAUGUCUGUUAAAAGUGAGGACAUAAAGAAAUCAUGUGAUGAUAAAAUGUUUACAGCUUCAGAUUCGACUGGAAAAACUAUAUUCAUCAAAGACAUCGUCAAAACCUCUGUUGGGCCUUCAGAGGGUAGAGAAGGAAUAGUGAGACAUAUGUACAGAGGCAAACUUUUUAUUCAAGUUGAAAAUGAAUUAGAGAAUGAUGGAUUUUUUUGUGCAAAAUCCAAUGCGUGUCAGAAAACUAAUGAGGGAAAGGUAAAGGAAAAUUUGAAAUUUUCCUCCCUUGAAUCACCUACAAUGCCACAGGAUGAAGAAAAUAUUACUCAUGUCAACCGAGGUCGUCGCAGAGAAUAUGACCAUGUGUUCUCUAUUGGUCAAAGCUUGAGGAUCAGGGAAGGCCCGCUAAAGGGAUACCUUUGCCGUGUGGUAGGCAUUUAUCGCUCAGAUGUCACAGUUAAGCUUGAUUCUCUAGGGAAGCUUAUUACAGUCAAGGAUACAUCUCUAGCAGUACCACGAGCACUGGGGGUUAAUUCAUCUGCACAUACGACUCAGGAACUUGAUAAUUUUGGGCCUCAAGCAAUUAUUUCUGCAGCCGGUACAUCUGGAGAAACAUCAAGGCAAGCAGAGAAAAGUUCAUGGGAAUCUAUGGUGCCUUCAUUUGAUAGGGAUUCUUGGCAGACCUUUUCUACCCCCACUCACACAGGCAUGGCAGAUAAUAAGAAAGGAGUGGAAGAGGAUCCUUGGGGAAGUAAACUGGGAACUAUGAUUAAAAAUGAUACAGAUGAAUUUGGUAACACAACGGACAACUGGGGUAAACAACCUAUUCCUAAUAGGGAUGAAGGACAGAAAUCUGAUCCUUGGGCUAGUACGAUGCACACGACUAAACAGAUAGCAUGUGACUCUAGUGAAGCUCUAGAUGGAUGGGGUAAAGCAACAAACUCAUUCACUGAACUUGGAGCUGAUUCUUGGAGUAGUAAAGUGACAUGUGCUGACAAAACAGAAGAUGAUUGGGGAAAGUCAUCUAGUUCUCGUGUUCAUGAAAAAAGCCAAACUUGUGAUAACAGUAUUGUAACAGAUGAUCUGAUGAAAUCAAAAAUUUCCAAUAGUAAUGCUGGUGGAAGCUGGGAUAUGGAAGGUGGUAAAAAGGACAAUGCAUUUUCUUGGUGUAGCAAAGGAAAAGAAAAACUGAAUAGCGAGGAAGAUACCUGGAGCAAACCUGCAACAUCUCAAGAAAAAAUCAACCACAGCUUUGAUAAUAGGACUACAGUAGAAGACGGAUGGGAAACUGCAAAAUUUUCUAGCAGUAAUGCAGAUGGAAGCUGGGAUAUAGAAGGUCCUAAAAAAGACAAUGCAUGCUCUUUGGACAGCAAAGGAAAAGAAAGUUUGAAUUACAAUGAUACUGGGAGCCAACCUGCAAAAUUUUCUAUCAGUAAUGCGGGUGGAAGCUGGGAUAUGGAAGGUGCUAAAAAGGAAAAUGCAUGCUCUUUGGACAGCAAAGGCAAGGAAAGUUUGAAUAACAAUAAUGCUUGGAGCCAACCUGCAAAAUCUCAAGAAAAAAUCAAUCAGAUCUGCAAUGACAAGAACAAUGUAACAGCUGGAUGGGAGAUGUCAAAACUUUCUACCAAUAAUGCUGGAGGAAGCUGGAAUAUGGAAGGUGCUAAAAAGGAUAGUGCGUGUUCCUGGGACAGUAAAGAGAAAGGAAAUAGUGACAAUGAUUGCUUGAUUCAAGCUGCAAAACCUCAAAGAAAUAAUGAAAGUUGUCAUGAUCAGGCUAAUGAUACUGAUGGAUGGGAGAAGUCAAAACAUCCCAUCGAUUAUGCUGGAGGAAAAAGUAAUGCAUGUUCCUGGGACAGCAAAGGGAAAGUGAAUAGUGAAGAUGUGUGGAGCAACCCCGCAAAUUCUCAAGCAAAAGUGGACCAAAUAUGUGAUGCUUCUGCUGGCUGUUGGACACAAUCUGAUAAAAGUUUACAUGAAAAACAGAAGGUGAGGUCUGAAGAGGAUUCUUGGGGCAAAAGUGUAAAACCACAGGUGGAAGUCAGUGAUGUUUGGGGCUCUGCUAAAGCUGAAAAAGUGAAUUGGGAUAGUGGAAAUGGAUCUCAGGUUGGUGGAUCGAACAAGAACACUAAUUGGGUUCAAACAUCUACAUUAGAAAUAGAUAGGGAGAAAAAUGAUGAAGAUGGUGAACAGAAUAACUAUGGGAAGAAUUUUAACCAACAAAGAGAUAUUGAUGGGACUACUCAAACUAAUUGGGGAAGAGGAAGAGGUCGAGAUGGCUCGAAGGGAAGUGGUGGUUUUAAUGAAGUUGAUAAUGAGCAAACAUGGUCUUCUGGUAUUGAAGAAGGUAGAUCUAGAGGAAGAGGACACUAUGGACAGUCUGGAAAUAGUAGGGAUGAUUUUCAUGGGGCACAUACUAGUGCUCAGGUUCAUAGUUGGCGAAGAGAUAAUGGUGAUUCUCAGACUACAGCCUGGAAGAAUUUGCAGAGUCGUGGCAAUGAAUCCAUUGCAAAGGAUCAAACGUCUACUUGGGCAAAUGAGAAAAGUGCAGGAAAAGAUAAAUGGCCUGAUGGAGGAGAUGGUAAGAAUGAUGAUGAGCCUGGAUGGAACACAGUAAAAGCUUCGGAUACCAAGCAAAUUUCUGGAUGCAUCAACGUCGCCACAACAAAAACAGAAGGAAAUUGGGAUAAAGCAAGGUCUGAUGAGGCCUUUGAUAAUUUAAGAAAGAGUUCUGGUAUACCUAACUGGGAUUUAGCUGAAAGUAGCACUGAAAACCCAAAAGAUGUCAGUUUGGAUAAAGUCAGUAACUGGAAUAACUCAGAAUAUGGCCCUGAUAAAUCAAAUUCUUGGGACAUUAAGGGCAAAAGUAAAAUUGCAGGAGAUUGCUGGGGUGAAACUAAUUAUCAAGAGAGGAUAGAUGAUGUUGAUAAUUGGGUAAGCAAUUCAAGACAAAUUAAGGAAUCAUCAACAUUUCCUAGCAAGGAUCAAACUAGCAGUUGGGCUGCUCUACCUUUGGCAGGCAUGGCCAAAGAUUCUACUGUCCAAGUUAGCAACUGGGAAAAAGUAAAAGAUUCUUCAAGUGCCACUGAAACAAGAGGUUGGGACCAAGCAAGAUCUUCUGAACAUAGUGAACAUGGUAACUGGAAUAGAGGGAAUUCUUUUGGUGAAGAAACUGGUAGCGAUUGCCAGAAAAAAUCUGGCGACGGUGGUUAUGGCUUUGGUAGGGGAAGAGGGAGAGGCCAAAACAAUUGGGACAGUGAAAAUAAUCAAAAUAAUAGUAGCAUGGUGAAUCCAAUGGGUCAGGGUGGAUAUCAAAGAUCUAGUUGGGGAAGAGGAAGGGGAGGAAAUGUUGAUGCUGGUGGUGAUCAACAAAGACCAUGGAAGCCCUGGAAUGACUCUGAUGCUGGCAGGGGAUCUGGUCGAGGAAGAGGAAGGGGAGGAAACGAUGAUGCUGGUGGUGAUAACCAAAGACAAUGGAAGCCCAGAAAUGAGUAUGAUGGUGGUAGGGGAUCUGGUUGGGGAAGAGGAAGGGGUAGAAAUGAUGCUGCUGAUGGUGAUCAACAUAAGCAAUGGAAUCGCCGGUGUGAUUCUGAUGCGGGUUGGGGAAGAGGUAGGGGACAAAACAAUGAUGCUGGUGGAAAUCAACAGAGACAAUGGAAUCACAUGAAUGAUUCUGAUGAGAGCAGGGGGUUUGGUCGUGGAAGAUUUGGAAGUCAUGACAAUUUAGAUGGCGGUCGACAUGGUAGAGGUAGAGGUCGGGGAAACAACUUUGGAAACAAUAAUGGUGCUGGUGGUCGGGGUCCUCAAGCUGGGUUUUUCUCUUCUGGCAGGAACAAUGACCAAAGAAACUUUGGUGACGGAUCCUUUAUGGGAAAUUCUGGAUCAAAGUGGGGUCCAGAUGAGAACAAAGGUUGUUCCACUAACUGGAGCAAGGAUCAAGUAGGCAACUCAGAUAACAGUAAGAAAGAAGAGAAAUGGGGUAAUGCUAAUGAAUUCAGCAGCAGUCAGUUUUCUGCUUGGAGUAACCAGCCUGGACAAGCCGAUCUCAAAGUGGAGGGAACAUGGGAAAAUUCGCAAGAUGCACCAGUUGCGGGUGAUGAAGGAAACGGUUGGGGAAAAGCUGCUGGAUCUUGGCGCAAAAACGAGGGAAGUGGAAGCAAGGGAGGAUGGUAAGUUGAUGUUUUUCUGAGUCUUUGUUCAUAAAUCUGGUGUAUGCUGGUAGAUUGUCUGUUUCAAUGCCAGUGCAACUGUUUUAAAACUCAUGUAGCACUUGUUAACUUCGUCUGCAUCAAAUCUUCGUAACACCUCUACAUUCACGGUGGCAUGCAUAGAUUCUAUUGCUCGUAGAGCUUAAUUUUUUAUUUUA